AUGAGUCACAAGAUUCUGAUACUUGUCUGUCGCUACGUGAUCCUGCCGGCAAGCAUCUCGAAGCGCGACCAGGUUGAAUACCACGCCCAAUCUGGUCAUUCUGGGCUCCAGUAUGUAUUUCAAUGCAUGGCAUGGCCCGUCGAAGACAUGAACGCUUACAGCCUCUUCCGCGACGCGAUAUACCCGCUCCCAUGGUUCAUGGCGGGCUGUCUGCUCCUGCUGGGGAGGACGGUAAAGAUGGGCUUGCGCAACCUGGUGGCGGCGGCGGCGGCUGUUGAGUCGGCUCAUGGGGAGUACUUCUUGGUGAAGCUCUAUGAGGAGCUGGUCGACUUCGUCGAGGAAAUGGAGCCUGGAGUGAGUAUCUCAGUAGGCGGAGCUCUCAACCAAGUCGCCGCUACCAUGUGCGAUGCUGGCGAGAGCAUCAAGGACUGGAGAUUUCAGUAUCGGAUGUAG